GCUAGCCAGUAUACUGGAAGCCGCGUUUGCGAUCAGUUGUUUUUGUGCUCUCUCGGAUGCAAAGUGGGCACCGUGUGAGAAAUACAGAUCACCCUUGGGGGAUCAGUUUCAAUUGUUGAACAGCGGGUGUUGGAAUCAUCGGCCGAACAUCUUGCAGGUUGCACCUGUGUAGUUAGAUUUUUAGUGCUCGAGUGAUUGAUAGUCGUGACGACGAAAAUGAAGCUGCUCAUAGUUUUAAGUGUCUGUCUUGUGUUAACAAAAGCACAAAAACAUUACUAUGGACCGCGUAGAAAUCGGCAAACCACAACUGUAGCACCAGAUAAUUCCAAUAAUUUCACCGAUGAAAGAGAUUGCGACGAGACGGUAGGUGCUGGUGCCGACCCUUGGGCAUGUCUGUGCAAACAGUUCAAUUUCCAGCGAGAGACAUGUAAAGAAGACAUCCAAAAAUAUUUGCCCUCGCAGCCCAACUCGCGAAUUUGCACGGAUCACCGCCAUUACUACAUUGGUCUGGAUAAUCGCUGUCAGGAAGAGCAUGCUUUGGAAUCUUCCAACGAUCCUGCAGGAAAGGCGAUGCAGUUCGCUCUGGAUCUUUUCCAAGCUGCUGAUAACAAAAAUCCAAAUGAAAACUUUAUCAUUAGUCCGUUGUCUCCACAAGUGUUGCUGGCGCAAUUGAUUGAAAGCUGCUCCCCGAAGGCACGUGAGGAAAUGUUGAAAGUUCUGAAGCUAAACGGAAAAGAAGCGGCCUCUUUGGUCGAUGCCCUAGCGGCGGCGGCCAACAAGGAUUCCACUAACAACAAGCUGGAUAUUGCAUCUGUGUUUUUCAAAGCAAAGGACCUCGAAUUAAAGACUCCUUUCCGUGAUGCAGCAAAGCACAACAAUAUUAGAAUGAAAGAUCUUGACUUUGCAAAUGCACACCAGGCUGCAAAUAUUGUUAACGAAUGGGCUAACACUCAAACCCGAGGAAAUAUUCCACAGGUUAUAACAGACCAGGGUAUCUCUCCGGACAUGAUGAUGCUCCUAGUGAACGCAAUCUACUUCAAGGGUACCUGGUUGUAUAAAUUCAACGAAACGGAAACAAACAAACGGGCUACAUUCGAAUCUUCCAAAAAUAAUAAGAUGCCGGUCCAUAUGAUGUCGCAGACAAACAAACUUCGCUUCGGUGAAAUCAACUAUGGCAUGUACUCCGACUCGGAGCAAGGAUUGCGUUGGGUCGAGCUACCGUAUGAUGGCGACGAGCUGUCGAUGAUUGUUCUUCUCCCAAAGACCCAAUUCCAAUUGGACGAAAUGGUGCGCCGUGCCAAUGGAAGCCACUUCCAGGAAAUUUUCCAAGUGAUCCGCCGGAAUCACAAUCCGCUCAAGAUUCACCUCAAAAUGCCCCGAUUCACCAUUAAAACCUCGGUUUCGUUGGUUGAACCACUGAAGAAGCUCGGCAUCAGGGAAAUCUUCGAGGAUGACAACCCUCUGCCGGAACUGUUUAAGUCGCCCGCCAGAGUGGGAGACGUCAAGCAGGAUGCGUUCCUCAAAGUGGACGAACUUGGCACGACGGCAACCGCCGUCAGCAGGGUGACGAUUAUUCCCCUCAGUUUGAACUAUAACGAAGAUAUUUAUUUCAACUGCAACGAGCCCUUCAUGGUGAUGGUGGUUGAUAAAACUCGCCAGAUUCCACUGUUCAUGGCCAAGAUUCGGAAGCCGGAGAAGCCAAAGGCGGACCAAGGAAGGGUACAAGCAUAAAAGGAUGAUUUUUAACGUGUGACGAGCAACAUGAUUGAAUACUAUUAGAAUAAUAUGUUUUAUAAUUGCUGAAA